UACUAAAGUCACUUGACGAUCGAUCGCUGAAAUAAUAUAGUCAAAAGUAACAAACAUUUUUUUUCAGUUCAGGUUCAGAUUGUCAUUGAUUGUCUUGUCGUAUUAUUACACUUCGGUUUAUUGAGCGGCAAUUGUCCACUAAUUUUCGCUACGAGUGAUCGAAUAUUUCGUUUAAAAUGCCAAGCUACAAGUUGACUUAUUUUCCGGUGAAGGCAUUAGCCGAGCCCAUCCGCUUUAUCUUGAGCUAUGCGGGUGUGGAGUUUGAAGAUGAUCGUUUCGACAGGAAUGAUUGGCCAAAAAUAAAGCCCACCAUGCCCUUUGGUCAAGUACCAGUACUUGAAAUUGACGGUAAAAAGGUAAACCAAUCCACGGCUAUUUGCCGUUACCUGGCUAAGGAACACGGCCUUGCUGGUAAAGAUGAUUGGGAAAAUCUUGAAAUCGAUGUCGCCGUUGAUAAUAUUCAUGAUCUUCGUGCUAAAAUCGGUGCUUGGCACUAUGAGUCACAUCCAGAAGCUAAGGAAGCAAAGUAUGAGCCAUUGAUGAAAGAAACUCUUCCAUUCCUAUUGGAUCGUUUGGACGAACAAGUUAAGAAAAAUGGAGGAUACAUGGUCGGUGGUAAAUUGACAUGGGCUGACUUGGUGUUUGUUGCUCUGUUGGAUUACUUGAACUUCAUGGCCAAAUUUGACAUCACUGAGAAACACGAGAACUUGAAGGCUCUGAAAGAAAAAGUCCUUGCUCUGCCAAAGAUCAAGGCUUGGGUUGAAAAACGUCCUCAGUCUGAAUUUGCAGUAAAACCGCAGCCUAAGUUCAAGUUAACUUAUUUCCCUUCCAAGGCAUUGGCCGAGCCCAUUCGUUUUAUCUUUAGCUAUGCGGGUGUGGAGUUUGAAGAUGAUCGAUUUGAACGAGACAAUUGGCCGAAAAUUAAACCCACAAUGCCGUAUGGUCAAGUGCCAGUACUUGAAGUUGAUGGUAAAAAAAUAAAUCAAUCAGUGGCUAUUUGUCGGUAUUUAGCAAAACAAUACGGACUUGCCGGCAAAGAUGAUUGGCAGAACCUCGAAAUAGACGCGACUGUCGAAACCAUACACGACAUUCGUGCAAAGAUAGCUGCUUAUCAUUAUGAAACACAUCUUGAAGCUAAAGAAGCAAGAUAUGAACCAUUAGUUACUGAAAUUCUUCCGUUCUACUUGUCACGUUUGGAUGCCCAAGUAAAAAACAAUGGCGGAUACAUGAUAGAUGGAAAACUUACAUGGGCUGAUUUGGUAUUCGUCGCAUUGUUGGAUUACUUAAACUUUAUGGCCAAGUUUGAUAUAACAGAAAAAUAUGAUAACUUGACGGGUCUGAAAAAAAAAAUUCUUGAUAUCCCUGGAAUAAAAUCAUGGAUUGAACGACGUCCUCAAACUGAUCUUUAAGUACAUAUCAUUUAAUUAUAGUCAGUACAAGACCCAAUAUUUGCAUUUUAUUUUUUACAUACAUUACUUACUAUAUAAAUAUUUAUAUAUUGUAAUAUAUAUACAAUAAUUACUGAUAUUUAAACGUGUGAUGAAUUACUUAAGAAAAUUUUAUAAUAAAUAUUUUGUACCAACACAA